CAAAGGAUCACAACUAAACAAAUAAGAGAUCAGUUUUUACUAUGAAGCAAUAAGCAAAAGGAUACAUUUUGAAACUUUGCUUUUGCCCGCUGAAAAAAUCAUGGGGUGUUGCCACUCAACGUCCUCUGGGAAAGUUCCUCAACAGCGACCCAACCAAAACCAGGGAGAAGGACAUCCACCAUUGACAAAGUUCUCCUUCUCCGAUCUCAACAUGGCCACCGAAAAUUUUAGUUUGAAAAAUAUUGUUUCAGAGAGCGGAGGAGGAUCUUCCAAUAUUGUAUACAAGGGCCGUUUGCAGAAUCGUGGUUUGAUCGCUAUUAAAAAAUUUAAUAAUAUGGCCUGGCCUGAUCCUAAGACAUUUGUGGAGAAGGCACAUAGAGUUGGGGGGAUAAAGCACAAGAGACUCGUUAAUUUGAUUGGAUAUUGCUGCGAUGGAGAUGAAAGGCUUCUCGUUGCCGAGUUCAUGCCAAAUGAUACUCUCGCUAGGCAUUUGUUCUAUCGGAAAAAUCAAACAAUGGAAUGGGAAACGCGAUUGGAAGUAGCAUUUUCUAUAGCUGAAGCAUUGGAUUAUUGUAGUAGUGCAGGUUUUGCAUCCUAUAAUAAUUUAGAUGCUUACUCAAUUCUGUUUGAUGAGAAUGGGGAUGCAUGUCUUUCCUGUUUUGGGUUAAUGAAGGAGAUCAAAGAUGAUCAAAGAACAACCGGAAGUGUGAACCCUGAAAGUGUGAUGUUUAGAUUUGGCACCAUCCUUGUGGAUUUGCUAACUGGAAAGCCAAUUCCUCCAAGCCAUGCUCAUGAGAUGAUACAUGGGAAAAAUGUUGUUGAGUUGAUUGAUCCAAACUUGAAGGGAAAGUUCUCUGAAGACGAAGCUACCAUAGUUUUCAAACUCGCCUUUAAAUGUCUGCAAUACGAGGAUAUAGAGAGUCUCAACACAAAAGACAUUGUUAGAACACUUGAAACCUUGCUAACUAAAACAGAUGCCCCAUCUUACGAAAUGCUUGAAAUGGCAAAUCAUAGAGAGUUAUCUUGGAAUAAACUUUCGCCACUAGGAAAGGCCUGUUUGAGAAUGGACCUCAUGGAUAUUCAUAAAAUCUUGGUGAUAGCAGAAUAUGAAGAUGACAAGGAGGUGGUCGAGUUCUCUUUCGAAGAAUGGAUUGAAGAGGUAAAAGAUAUUCAAGAGGUUCGAAAACAUGGUGAUCAAGCCUUCCUAGAGCAAGACUUUGAAACCGCCAUUAACUGUUAUUCUCAGUUCAUUGAUUCUAGGAGAACGGUGUAUCCAAGUGUUUAUGCGAGGCGUAGUCUAUGCUAUUUGUUCCUCAAUCAACCAGAUCGAGCACUUUACGAUGGGAUGAUUGCGCAAGAAGUAUUCCCUGAUUGGCCAACAGCAUUCUACUUGCAGUCUGUGGCACUAUCCAAAUUAAAUAUGAUCACUGAUUCUGCUGAUACUUUGAAAGAAGCAACUCUUCUUGAAGCAGAAAGACAGCACCGUUAGCAAGAUUCCUGAUUUUGCUGAUUUAUAUACUUUUGUCUUGUGUAAACUCUGAGAUGAGGAUAUAAAAAUGUUGAAUCAUUUUUCCUUCUUGCUGUGACCAUAUUUUGAUUUAGUUUUGUUUAAUUACAUUUUAAGAAAAAAGCACCAAAACAUAAAAGGUUUAUUUCCAUAGAUUGAUUUACAAAGAGAAAGUCGAACCUGAUCAUUUACUAAA